AUGGGUUUAAUUGGUGGGAGUGAGGAAGUCAAAAAUGCUAUUAUAAAGGGUUUGCAAAGUAAUGUAAAUCAGCUUGAUAAGCUUUUGAAAGCAUCUUGCGGAGAUAAGGGGUGUUGUGAGUAUAAUGAUGAAAAAAACCAGCUUAAUGAAGUCAAUGAUAAACUUAAAAAACACCUUAAAGAUGAUCAAAAUCCCUCUGUAAAUCUUGCCGACAUCCUUACUAAGUGCAAGUUAAAUCCAUCUGAUGGUCCCUUAAAUAAGCUUAAUGAUGAAAUUCCUAAAAAAAUUCAGGGGCUUAAUGAGCAAAUUAAUAAGCUUAAAAACGAGCAAAAUGAUGUUGAUAAAAGUAAAAAUGCCUCUCAAAUUGACAAGCUUUCUAAAUCUCUUAACUCUCAUAAUGCUUCCAAGAGGUCUCUUGAGACGCUGAAAGAGCUUUGUGGAUAUGCUGAGAAAAUUGACAAAAAUAAUGAACAGCCUAAAAACCUUUUAGAUAACCUCUGCACAGGCCUCGAAAAAUUUCUCGGCUACCAGAAUGGUAAUUACACCGGAGAAGGCAUCGUGUACUCCGACCUUGACAGGCUCUGCGACGGGGUGAUGUCUUUCCUUCAUGGUGUUUUACAUAGCAUUAAGCCUAAAUUAGGAUUACAUAAAAAUAAAAUUGAUGAAGCUAUAAACCUUCUUGACACCCAUAAACACUCUGGCAAAGAUGGUUUUAAUGCUGCGAUUGGCGCAGUGGUGGAGGGGGUGAACAAGUAUAAUGAGGGUGUGAGGGAGUCGAACAAAAAGGUGAGUGGACAAAUUCAUAGUUUUCAGCGGAAGAUGAAUGAACUUAAAGAGCAAGUAAGUGAAAUAUUGCCAGAGAAAAAAGCUGAGAAAACAAUUCCUCCAAAACCAGUGGAGCCGUAUAGCUCCAAGGAUGUUCGUCAGGGAGAAGAGAACAUUAAGAAAAAAUUGGAGGACUGCAAAAAUAAUGCAAAAGAGUUUAGUGAAGCUUUAGAUAUUAGGACAAAUAAAAACAAAAUAAAAGAGUCAAUUGAAGACUUAAAUCCCAAAUUGCAGGACAGCGUGAUGAACGCCGUGAAAGCGGUGCAGCAUGAGAGUAAGCGCCUUGAGGAAUUGUCUGAGAGGGAGGAAAAUGUGUUAAAGGAGACGACGGGAAAAAUCAGUGAGGUGAUGAAAAAGCUUGGAGAAGAUGUGAAUUUGAAGAUUGAUGGAAAGGUGCAUGAGCUUGUGGAGCAUUUGAAGGGGAAAGUGAGUGAAAUUUUGAAGGAUUUGGACAAAAUAAGUAAGGAUCUGGAACAAUACACUCUGGCUCUGCAUAAGUGGAUUGAGCAGGUGCACAACGUUAUUACGGCAGCGGACGAAAAGGUAACCGAAAUUGUUGAGAAGGAUAAUAUUGGACGCGGAAAUCAGGAGGUGAUAAAAGACAUAGUUGCAAAUCAGUUGAUACAAUGGAGGAGUAAAAUAGGGAAUUACAUAUGUAACGUAAAAGAUUACGCUGACGAGCUUAAUGCGAAGGUUAAGGAGCUGGGGAAGCAGUUUCAGGAGAGAGGCAGGGACGCGCCGGGAAGUAUUGAUAAGAUUUUUGAAGAGAUUAAGCAGAAAGUGGGAGAGAUUAAGGGAACGGAUGGAGGAAAUGGUCUCCAUGGAAUCGUUGGUUCCGGUGGCACGUAUAGUACCAAAAUUGUCUCCCCCCUUAAUACUCUCAACUCCAAAGCCCUUGAACUCACCAAAGAGUUCAUCGACGCGCAGGCGGCGGAGCUGGUGGAAAGGAUUGAGAGGCAGUUGGAGAGCAUGCCGGAGAGUGUUAAGCAUGGAAGGAAUGGACAUGGAACUAAUUUGAGUGGUUUCAAAAGCAGGAUUCAAAAUUUGAAAAGCAAUUCCCCUCAGAAUACUGAGACUUACAAAUCGCAGUUUGAGCCUUUACAUUAUGAGGCUCUGAAAGCCAUUAAUGCCGCCAACGAAACUUGGAUAGGGCACAUUAGUCAGCAGUUGUCACCGUUGAGAACUCAGGCAAUUCAGCUUACUGCUAAACAGGCAUGGGAGGUUCAACAAUUUUUAAACAAUUUUGAAAAGCAACUGGAGGAGCUGAGGAAGGUUGCAACAUGCGCUGGCAAUAAUCGGUGGAAUGAGCAGUUUAAUCAGUGGACACGCUAUGUCGAACAGGUACAAACUGAUCUAGUGCAGUGCAUUCAAAAGGGACAGGGUUCCAGUACAUUAAGUGCACUGAAUUCGUCGUUGUCCAGAAAUUCACAACAAUUGCUUCAACAGCAGAUUCCGAAUUCUGUCUCUCAACUUCAGCUUAUUUCUCAGCAACUUGGUAAUACAAUAGAGGCGCAGAAGCAGUCUCUCCAAUAUGGCACAUAUGGGCAACCUUUGCCGCAACGCAGCUACCCCAGUGGUUUGAAUCGAAGUCAACAAUACGGUCAUUACCAACUCCCCACCCCCAACCAGAAAUCUCAUCUUGAAACGUUGCUCGAGAAAUUCGAAGCAGAUGUCAAGAAAAAGGUUAGUGAGCUUGUCACUGGUGUAGGCUUAACCAAAAGUACAGGCGUCCACGCUCAAUUGGACGCCGUUAAAAACAACGUUGAUGGCCUGAGCAGUAAGCUUGACACGGCGACUGGCUUCCAACCUGAUGGCGUCAGGUCAUCCGGCACGGUGGAAAACCACGCUAAAAACGUCGACCAGGCGAUUAACACCAUCACUAAGCAAGCAUCUGAAUUAGAUGGCCGUGACACGGUACAGAAGCUUACAGAAUUUUCUACCCAAAUUACCGCUCAACUCAAAGAGCUUCUGAAUGCAUUCGCCGAUAAGGGUGCAGAUGUGAGGGAACGGUUAGGCGAUUUGGCAAAGAAGAUUUCUAAGGAAACGCCUAACGUAGCUUAUACGCUUCGAAAAAUCAAGGAUGAUCUCAGCCAGCUGCAGGCAUCCCUGUUGACUGGCCCAAUUAAAAAGGCUCGAGAGUUCCUCCAAAAAGAAGCCGAACAGGCAGAGAAACACUUCGCCAAGGCACUCAAGGAAGACGUCGACAAACUCAUACAGAACGCCGGCACCGAUCUCACAGCGCACGCCCGGAAGCAGUAUGUCGACGCAAUAAAGGAUCUGUUAACAAAGUUCGCUGAGAAAGUCGGUGAAGAACUAAGAGGGUUGCCCGCAAAAAUCGACGACGACAAACACGUCGGCCUGAAAGGCUUUAUGGAGCGAUUCGACAACUGUAUCACUGCCCCGCUUAAGACGCUGGCAACAUCAUUUGAUGCUUCUUCCGUUACAUCGCCAAACGACAAGAAUAAUUUCGCCAAAUUGGCCAACAAAUUCACUCAUUGUUUCAACCACUUUUUUUCUGAAGCCGAACGGGACGAAGACUUUAAAAAGUCACGUCCAGUAGUGGAAGCUUCAAGAAUGUCUAUGCAGACUCUGCUGACAGCCCUUUAUAACUCACAACACUUCGACCACACUUUCAAUACGAACAUAGAUAAUUUCAAUAAUGUAUUACCUAACUUUGCGCCUAAACAAUUUGCCGGUACGUGCAGUCCUCUGCUGGAUGCGCUUAAUGCUGGUCUUAACAGGCUGGGCACCGAGCUUAAUAAAGCUUACGUUAACACGUACGACGGUGUUACAUUCGAUGAUAAGUUGGUCAUUGAAAAGACCACUGACCCCGAAAAAACUGUAAAAUCCGAAUUGACCGACGAGGGAAGAAACUGCGCCAAAGUGUGUCUCACCAUUCUGGACAUCUUCUACAACCAACUUUAUUCCCUGUUCUAUCACUGCUACGCCGACUGGUCAACUCAAACCAUCCAAGGAAAAAAGGAUUACGAAGAGUUGAGAAAUUUCUUCGAGCGUCAAGGCUACGAUGUUGCCCAUCUCAAUAAGGACAAGAGGGGUGCAGAAGUGGGAGGCUUCUUGACCACUGCGUUCGCAUCUCAUAAAGAGUUCCAGCAACCUAAACCUAAACUAAAAACAUUAGAUGAAUACUUAGAUACAUUUAAAGAUCCCACUGGCCCAGUGUCCCAAUUGUUCGAUUAUCUCAACACAUACUACGACGUUUGCCAUCAUUCCACAAUAUCGUCCAACAAGCAUCCCUCGUCCAUUUACGAUAUGCUCACAUGGCUUAGCGGUCUCACUCAUAAUCGUGUCUAUGACGAAUUGGCACUCAACGGUUUUAGUGGCCUAUUUGAGAAGCCGAAGAACAAGGCCUCCGAAACACAGGCAGACGAUCCCAUUCUGCUGCAGCAAGAUGACGACGCUUUGGACGCCUACCCAAAGAAGAUCACGGCUACGGGCCUGUCAGGUACGCUUGCAGAAGUGUGCCAUUAUUCCUAUGAGACGCUGGUUGCAAUCCUCGGCAACGGCCACUCGGGUGGAGUAUAUGCGUGUGAAUUUAACAUUAACGCGCAGGGCUUCGUAUACCCUUCCAACAUGAACACAUUAAUAUGUAUGUUGUAUGAAAUCCUCCAACGUAUUUACGAACAACUGUAUUUCCUGUACCAAAUGUGUACGCACGAUACUACGUUGAGUGGAUGGAAAGAGUGUUGGUACGGCAGCGGUGUAGGUGGUUCCAGUUGGAAAUGCAACAGCUUACAGUGUGGUAACCAAACUGGCGACCAGACGCAUAACCAAUGUGGUAACCAACGUGCCAACCAAACAGCUGACCAACUGGGUGACCAACCAUGUAAGCAACAUCCUAGCUGUGGCCUAAAAUCCCCUCUCGAGUCGUUCCUGGAAGAUGGGUUACAGGGCUUCCUACCGCACAGCCUAGAUGGCAAGUCCGGCAAACUCAACUGCGCAGUCAAAAACCAUUUUAACGUGCCGUGCAAAACGCCGAUGGGCUUUGCAGAUAUCAGUCAAAUAGCGUCGCAUAGACAAACUGGUAAUUAUCUAAGAAAUAUGCUUCGUGAUUUCUGUGGUAACAAAUCACCGCUCACUGCGCUUCUCAGUCAACUGAGAUGUGUCCUACCAAGCGCACCUAAAACGCUCGGUGACAUGUUCGGUUUCUACUACAGCUUGCUUGCUGACUGGGAUGGCAAGGGUAGCAACCAUGUGCAACGUAACAAACACAGGGAAGCAGCUUAUAGAGAUGCCGUCCAAAAAGCAAACUUCAGAAAUCCAGACACUGAUCUGGAGUUGACUUCCAUGUUCAGUAGCAGCAACCACGGGCACACUAAAGAUACGCCGCAUCUCGUCGGUGAUCUUUACUCUCUGGUGAACUGCAAGUAUAAAAGAACAAACGAUCCAGCUCACCCCUGCGGUUCAUAUAUCAAACCACUAUGUCGUGACAUCUGCGGUACGUUUACCGAAAAGCAUGCUGUUGUAUGA